GUCCGCUUCCUCGUAACCAUGGUAACUCGGCGGCGGCUCGAGCUGCGGGUUCCGGAGCAGACGGGCGGGCAGGACAGCAGGUGAGGCCGCCAGGGGGCGCUCGCCGAGCCCAGGCCCGCGACCUUGCCUGCAGCCCAAGCCCCUUAGGGACUUAGAAGCCCCGUGGGUCCGGACGCAGGCAGCAGCAUCUGGGGAGAUACUCCGGGAUUUGUCUUAAACCAUGACGGAAAGAGGAAACAUUUAAAUUUCCGCGUGAGAACUAUUAACUGAUAAUGGAAACGCUUCCAGAGAUGCCCUCCACUGAUGGCCACACAAGUGAUAUAGUUACAGAAAGAUACCUGGUUGAGUCCCAGAAGUCUACAGCUCAUGUCCCGCUUGCUUGUGACACACAGCACUGUGCUUUUCCUUUGGAUGGAAACCAUCUCUGUGUGUGGAGCCCUAGGGGCACUUCUCACCAGCUUCUCACCUUACAAGGACACCACCAGUUGAUUACUGCUGUGGUUUUUGGAAACCAAACAGACCCACUUCAACUCUGCUCUGCAUCCCAGGAUCGUAUUAUAGUGUGGAAUGUGGAUGAAUGCAGAGAGAAGACACUUGAAGGGCUGACUCCUCGAGGGACUAUCCUGGGUUCCCUUUUACAAACAGUGCUGUGUUUGAGAUUUAGUCUGGAUGACCGUGCUGUGGCAGUGUGUGCUGGAAACAAAAUAUCCGUGAUGGAUGUGGAGAAGCAGUCUGUGCUGGUGGAGCUGCAGGGCCAUCAAGGCUCAGUGACAGCAGUAGAGUUCUGUCCUUGGCAAACACACAUCCUCAUCUCCGUGUCUGAAGACAGAAGCUUUAAGGUCUGGGACUAUUGUGAGGGAUCCUUGAUAUACAGCUCAUCCAUUUUAACAGCUUACCCUCUCCUGAGUUUGCUUAUCAAUGAAGAAAACCAGCAGCUGGUCACUGGCAGUGCUGAUGGCCAGCUGUGGAUUUUUAGUCUGAUAGAGAGACAUCACUACCACUGUGUGGCACACGUGGACCUAAGGAAGAAAAGCGAGACUUUCUCCACUCGAAGAAUGAUGGCUGAGCAGUACAGUCUUCCAGAAGACAGUCGGUACCACUCCAGACAUGAGGUGGAUAAAAGGGAAGAAGCUGAAGCAACAUUCCCUGUCCUGAGUCUGGCACAGUGUGACCUCUGCCUGCAGGAUUCCCAGAGUGGAGUAUUUUCUUCUGAGGGCACCAAAUGCCUGUGGAUUGGAAGCUCAACGGCUUUAUUCAUAUUUAACCUGGCAAGCGUUGAAUUGGAAGCUGCUUUACAUUUCAAGGAAUUUCAGAGCCUGAGUGUCCAAGUUGCUGGAUCCUGUGCAGUGAUGAGUGAGGCCAGGAGCCCCAAGGCAUUUUGCAUCCUAUCCUCUAUGUUUGGAAAUAAGAUUGCCAUGUUGGAAAUCAGCCUGAAUGCUCUGCUGAGUUCCCAGAGGUGCCCUGGCACUGGAAGGACACUUUCUGUCUCCUGUGUCCUACCAACUUCUCCACUGUGUUUUGGAAUUACUAAGGAAAACUCUCCUAAGCCUGCUAACACCAAACGACAUGCUAUGAGGAGUGUCGUAGAGGACCGGCCCCUGGUUUUCCACACUAAGAUCAGGUCAUCUGGCUAUACAUCGGCACCACAUGUGACUAUGUUUUCUCCAAAGACGAACAUCAAGCAUAAUAGCAAAAGAGCUUCAAAAUUCAAGAACAAUUACAAAUGUAAGGAGUACUCUUUGGAGAGGUUCCUACCCAGAAACCUCAGCAGGCAGGUUGCUGUGGCCCAGGAGCCUGUUGCUGUGAGCUGUGUGCAGUUCUCAGGGGAUGGACAGCAGUUGGCCUGUGGCUUAGCUAACCAUCUUUCCCUGGUCUUUGAUGCUAGCCUUUCUGGAACGCCUGCUGCUUUUUCAGGUCAUGAUGGAGCUGUGAACACCGUCUGCUGGAGCCAUGACAAAAGGUGGCUGUUGUCUACAGGCCGGGACCGGACACUGAGGAUGUGGUCAGUUCACAGGACAGAACUCAUGCUGCUUUUGGGCCCAGAUUUCUUCCCCAAGCCAAUAACAUCUGCACAGUUCUACUACAUGGAUUCUUUCAUACUGUUGUCUUCUGGCCCUGAAUUUCGACUGCUAAAGUACCACAUUGACCUCUGUAGGGAUGACAUACGAAGGUAUAAACCAAAAAGCAGGUAUAAGCCUAUUUUCAGGCUCCCAUUGACCAGUGGAGCAGAUGUGACCACCGUGUCUGCAGUGAACGACUUUUAUUCCCAUAUUGUACUCACAGCUGGUCGGGACAGGAGUGUGGAAGUUUUUGACCUUAAUGUUGGCCACAGCGCUGCAGUGAUAGCUGAAGUCCAUUCACGGCCUGCCCAUCAAAUCUGUCAAAAUAAAGGAUCAUCAUUUACCACUCAACAGUCUCUGGCAUAUAAUCUUUUCCUGACCACAGCUGUUGGUGAUGGGGUUCGACUGUGGGACCUGAGGACUCUGAGGUGCGUACGCCGCUUCGAAGGACAUCCAAACCGCUGUUAUCCUUGUGGAGUUGCUUUUAGUCCUUGUGGAAGGCUCAUGGCCUGUGGUGCAGAGGACAGACAUGCGUACGUGUACGAAAUGGGCUCGAGCAGCUUUCUGUAUCGUCUUGCAGGACACACAGAUACAGUUACUGAAGUGGCCUUCAACCCAGCAGCUCCUCAGCUCACCACUGCCACCUUGGAUGGGAAACUUCAGCUGUUUGUGGUUGAGUGACUUCUGACCUGCUGGAGCUGUUUACAAGAGGGACUUCAAGUUGAGUUGCUAUGUGCCAGCGCUGCAACAGCUGGGACUCCACUCCCUCAAUGGAGUAGUGUGCCUAAGACCCCGCCUUCCCCAGCCUUUUUGAGGACUUGAUUUCCUGGAGGAGCCACCCACCACUUCAGACUGGUGUCAAGGACCACUGCUUUGAUUUUUCUCUAAGAGUACAAAAGAGGAGGUGCUGAUUAGUGUAAAUUCUGGAAGAAAGGUAUUAAGAGAAAAUAAAAUGUAUUGAUGCAAAUUUAAA